AUGGAAGACCAGAAAAUAAACUUAGUGCUGGAAUCUUUGUCUCAGAUAGAAGAAAUGAUGGCGGAAAAGCUCGGCGUGGGAGAUGUUGAAGAAAUAAGAAGGAGAGGAGGAAUUGUGAUGAAGGCAUACAACUACAGCGAAUUCAAGGAAAUACGAGCCUUGAAUGGAGUUGAAGGCUUGCACAAGUUGGGAAAGCAGUAUAUACUUAACAAACAAAUUCAAGGGAAAAGCGGCUCGUCUCUGUUUUUUACAGGAAAUCUUCGGUUCAUUAUAAAGACCAUAAGAAGGUGCGAAUUCCUCUGCAUCCGAGGAAUGAUGGAGGAGUACAGGAAGUAUAUUCUUGAGAAUCCUAAAUCUCUCUUGUGCAAGAUACUUGGAUGCUAUAGUUUAUACAGCGAAGGCAAAGAGGAGUAUUUUAUAGUCAUGGAAAGUAUGCUAGGAGGACUUGGGAUACAAGAGGUGUACGAUCUUAAGGGUGCAUCGGUAAAAAGAAAAGGGUAUUCUAUGUCUAGCCUGAAGGAAGUGGAUUGGAUUAGAAACAAAAAGGGAAUCCAUCUUGGAAACCGGAAGGAAGCUAUUAUAUCCCAGAUAAAAAGCGACGUAAGGUUUCUGAGAAAACAUAGAAUCAUGGAUUAUAGCUUUCUUGUAUCUUUUAACUCUCGGGGUAAAGAAGAUUUUACUUCGCUUCCCAGAAACAGUUAUCACAGCCACACUUCCGAGGAUAAAGACAUACGCUUUGGAAUAGUAGAUAUUCUCACUCAAUGGACCUUCACAAAAAGAAUGGAGAGGUUGUUCCAUAUAUUCUGCUGUAAGCCAAACAGUUCUUGUCUGAAUCCAGAUGCAUAUAUGGAUAGGUUUUUAAUGAUGAUUGAGUCGAAUAUUUUCAAGUGA